AUGGCGUUGCCGCUGCCGCAGCAGCCAGACCGCCCCUACACCUCCGGCAGCCUUGGCUACUUCCACCUCCGUCUCGUGGGCCCCGCCCCCGCCCUGUUCCUCCUGCGCACCGACCGCCUCUACUCGCUCUCCCACUCCCGCCGCCGGGGCUACCGCCUCCGCCUCCUCGCCAGUUCUCAUCGCCGGCGCGCCCGCGACCUCCUGCUCAGCACCUACGGCUGCGACCUUCGCCUCACACACCGAUCUAGCAUCGGCUCUCCGAGCGUCAAUGACCGGCCCCUCUGCGCGGGGACCCCCACCGAGCUGGCCGUUGGCGACGAGGUAUCGGUGCUGCGCUGCGGCACCAGGUACGGAUUCGUCGUGGAGAGGUUCGUCUCAUGCGGAGGGGUUGAGGUUGGUACGGCUUCAACGGCGGGGUCCUGCGCCGAGGGGCUUGUGUUUAGGGCCUUGUCGCUGCGGAAACGGCUCAGGGCGAUCUGUGAGAGCGAAGAUCCCCUUUCGUUAUUGAGGGAUUGUUCUGGAAUUGGUAGCCUGGAUGUUGAUGUUGGACCUAAAAAAUGGAGGCAGCAUGGUGCUGGUGAAUUGUGCCUGGACAAUCCAAUUGCUCCCGCUUCUGAGGAGAAUGUGCUGCAAGGUGAUUGCAAUUUUGACCAAGACAAAUUGGAACACCACCUUGAUGUUGUAAAUGAUGGCGAUGGAGAGCUGUUUAAUGGGAGUAAAGGAUGCAGAGAUGACAAUGCAGAGCAGCCAGGAUGCGGCAGCGGCAAUGAUGAGCAGUAUUGCAGUGAGGGCUGCUACUCAAAUGGGAGCACAUUCUUCUUGAAUCGCCUUGCAUGUACUGGGUCUGACACAUCGGAACCACAGAGUGGCGUGACACUUCCACAGCUUCUCCAUCCUGUUAAUAGUUUGGUGCGAGUGUUCAUUGCAACAUUCACCUCAGAUAUUUCCUGGUUUCUCAACUAUUGCAAGAUUCCCCAGCAUCUACCAGUGACAGUAGCAUGCCACAACAAGGAGAGAUGCUGGAGUGCAAGCAGUGAAAAUAGAACGGCGGCACCUUUUGAAAGCCAUCCUAAGCUGCUACUAGUUUUCCCCCGAUUCCCUGAAGAGAUAGCAUUUGGAAAGGACAGGAAGAAGCAAGGAGUUGCAUGCCACCAUCCAAAGCUCAUAGUGUUACAGAGGGAAGACAGCAUGCGUGUUAUUGUUGCUUCAGCUAACUUAGUACCGAGGCAGUGGCAUCUCAUAACAAACACAGUGUGGUGGCAAGACUUUCCUCGUAGAACAUCCCUGGACUAUGCAGCACUUUUUAGUGCAGCCAAGAAGCAAAAAUCUGAUUUUGCUGCUCAAUUAGUAUCAUUCAUAGCAUCCAUGGUCAAUGAAGUCCCUAGCCAGGCAUAUUGGAUAAAUGAGAUUGCUAAGUAUGAUUUUGAAGGAGCUGGUGGCUACCUCAUCGCUUCAGUAUCUGGAAUACAUGCACAAAGUCCUCCUUAUUUGGAGUCUAAUUAUUUCCUUUCAGCUAAACAUAAUGUACACACAAAAUCUGCACAUAGAAUGUUUAUUGGCUCUGUUCAAACAUCUGUAGUUGGCCUAUCCCAUCGGUUUCACAUGCCAUCAGAUGCUGGCAAACAACUAAGAGCCUUGUCUGCAUUUCUUGGAAAAUGCCGUGAGAAUAUGCAUGGGACUACAGAAGUGAUCUUGAAGAGGAACACCAAUAUACCUGCAGAUGCUAAUGCUGUGAGUGUCCUUGUUGCUGAUCUGGAUAAAUUUUCUGAGGAAGAUUCUGUCCAACUUGGUUUCUUGCCUAGAGAGGUUGCUAAGUGGGUAGCUCCCCUCAGUGACUCAGGAUUCUUCAAUUUCUCUGGAUUUAUCUACCCUAGAGAAGCCCUGGAGGCUGCAUAUGGAGUAACUAAUACUAAAGUGCAGUUGCUUCUAUACGUAUCAAAGGGUCCAGAGUUUUCUCAAAUUUCCAGGCUGAUAAGCAAUGAGCAUUUUCCACCACUCUGCUCACUAAUAGCAUCCUUGCAGCGGUGCCUUGGACUUUGGCGGUUAGAAGAGGUAUUGUCAAACAUUAAGUGGCCUGAAACACUCGAGACUAAUUUCAUCUACAGUGCUUCAUCCAUUGGGACUUCAAUUAAUCCACAGUUCAUUGCAAGCUUUGCUUCUGCUGCUGGUAAACGACCCCAUCAGGAUUUUGACUCUCAAGAAUCUGAUCCGGAGUGGGGUUGCUGGACAACAAACCAUGAGCUGAAGAAGCCAUCAAUCAGUCUGUUGUUUCCAACAAUUGACAGGGUGAAAAAAGGGGCUUGUGGAAUUCAAUUGUGCAGGAAUUUGCUUUCUCUACCUGAGAAAACAUGGCAAAGACUGAGAUCUACCGGUAUAUUUCACGAUGCAAUCCCACAACCAUAUGCCAGGAUAGGGCAUCCUAUGCAUGUUAAGGUUGCUCAAAGACGCUUCAAGUCUUGUUUUGAUGAGCAUUCAUUCGGCUGGACUUAUUGUGGGUCUCACAAUUUCAGUCCGGCUGCAUGGGGACAGCCUCUAUCUCCUCCCUCCAAAGCAAAUCCUAGUGAAGCCAGAUCAGCACCUUCUGGUCCGAGGCUGCACAUUUGCAACUAUGAGCUCGGCAUCAUACUCAUUGCUCCACCACCAGGCAUGUCAAAGCAUGCAAGUGAAAGUAGGCACAGGAUCGAGGGCAUCGCCCUGCCAUUUGUUGUCCCUCCACCACGAUAUAAGGGGAGUGAUAGGCCAGCGACUCGGCUGGCCAUGCGAGAGGCUGUGGCUCAGGCUUGUGUUCUGCAGGGUAACGAUGUUGUAGAUUUGUCAGAGGAUACUGACGAAGAUGUGCCAGAUGAAGAUGAUGAGCAGGUGGUUGAGCUAUCUGAUUGUUCUCAACAAGAGAAGGAAGAAGAGAAGAUGUAUGCAGAGACGCUAUGGGGGCAGGUAGAUUCUUCACAGAGCCAGGAAAAGGAUUAA